AUGCUGUGCGGGCUCAGCCCUGGAGAAGCAGAUGAUGGGCCUUACUCCAAAGGAAGCAAGGACGCGGGAGGGGACGCGGCCCUGGCCAGCCGGCGGCAGAGCAUUCCAGAGGAGUUCCGGGGGGUCACCGUGGUGGAGCUGCUCAAGAAGGAAGGCAGCACGCUGGGCCUCACCAUCUCGGGGGGCACGGACAAGGACGGCAAGCCCAGAGUCUCCAGCCUGAGGCCCGGGGGGCUGGCAGCCAGGAGCGACCUGCUGAACGUGGGCGACUACAUCCGCUCGGUGAACGGGAUCCACGUGACCAGGCUGAGCCACGAUGACAUCAUCACCCUGCUCAAGAACGUGGGCGAGCGCGUGGUGCUGGAGGUGGAGUAUGAGCUGCCCCCGCCCGCGCCCGAGAACAACCCGAGGAUCGUCUCCAAGACAGCGGACGUCGCCCUCCACAAGGAGGGCAGCAGCUUCGGCUUCGUCCUCAGAGGAGGUGCUCACGAAGAUGUGCACAAAUCCCGGCCGCUCGUCCUGACCUACGUGCGGCCAGGCGGCCCCGCAGACAGGGAAGGCUCCUUGAAGGUGGGUGACAGGCUGCUCGGUGUGGACGGGACCCCCCUGCACGGGGCUAGCCAUGCCGCCGCCCUGGCCGCGCUCCGCCAGUGCGGCCACGAGGCCCUCUUCCAGGUGGAGUACGACGUGGUCACCCCGGACACGGUGGCCCAGGCUUCGGGGCCCUUGGUGGUGGAGAUCGCCAAGACACCGGGGUCCACGCUGGGGCUCUCCCUCACCACCGGCUCCCACCGGAACAAGCCGGUCAUCACCGUGGACCGCAUCAAGCCGGCCAGCGUGGUGGACAGGAGCGGCGCCCUGCACGCCGGAGACCUCAUCCUGUCCAUCGACGGCGCCAGCACGGAGCACUGCUCGCUGCCCGAGGCCACCAAGCUCCUGGCGGGCGUGUCUGAGAAAGUGAGGCUGGAGAUCUUGCCCGCGCCCCACGGCCGGUGGCCCCCGAGGCCCCUGGAGGCAGUGCGGGUGCAGAGGAGCGAGCGGGGCUGGGACCCCGGCCGGCCCUCCUGCCCCAGCCCGAGGCCCGGACCCUGCCGCACACCGCCGCCCUGGGCCGCGCCCCUGGGCCAGGACCACAGCCGGUCCUUGUCUUCCACCCCCUUUUCCUCACCCACCAUGAACCACACCUUUCCCUGCGCCAACGCCAGCACCCUGGCCCGCGGGGCCCAGCCCGCCAGCCCCCGGCCGGCGGCCGCGCGGAGGAGGCCGCGGAGGAGGGAGCACCGCAGCUCACUGUCGCUGGCCUCCACGGUGGGGCCGGGCGGGCAGAUCGUGCAUGCCGAGACCACGGAGGUGGUGCUGUGCGGAGACCCCCUCAGCGGCUUCGGCCUGCAGCUGCAAGGCGGCGUCUUCACCACCGAGACCCUGUCCUCGCCACCCCUGGUCCGCUUCAUCGAGCCCGACAGCCCGGCCGAGAGGUGUGGGCUGCUGCAGGUCGGGGAUCGCGUCCUGUCCAUCAAUGGCGUUGCCACCGAGGACAGGACCAUGGAGGAAGCCAACCAGCUGCUCCGGGACGCCGCGCUGGCCCGAAAGGUGCUACUGGAGGUGGAGUUCGACGUGGCGGAGUCUGUCAUCCCCAGCAGCGGGACCUUCCACGUGAAGCUGCCCAAGAGGCGCGGGGUGGAGCUGGGCAUCACCAUCAGCGCGGCCAGCAGGAGGCGGGGGGACCCCCUGAUCAUCUCGGACAUCAAGAAGGGCAGCGUGGCACACAGGACGGGCACCCUGGAGCCGGGUGACAAGCUGCUGGCCAUCGACAACAUCCGCCUGGACCACUGCCCCCUGCAGGACGCCAUGCAGAUCCUGCGGCAGUGCGAGGACCUGGUGAAGCUCAAGAUCCAGAAAGAUGAGGACAACUCGGAUGACCAGGAGGGCUCGGGGGCAGUCAGCUACACGGUGGAGCUCAAACGCUACGGCGGCCCCCUGGGCAUCACCAUCUCUGGUACAGAGGAGCCUUUCGACCCAAUUGUCAUCUCUGGCCUCACCAAACGUGGCCUGGCCGAGAGGACCGGCGCCAUCCACGUCGGCGACCGCAUCCUGGCCAUCAACAGUGUCAGCCUCAAGGGCCGGCCCCUGAGCGAGGCCAUCCACCUCCUGCAGAUGGCCGGCGAGACAGUCACGCUGAAGAUCAAGAAGCAGCCGGACUGUGCCCCCUCGCCCCGCAAGUCAGGCAGUCUCAGCGAGGCCAGUGAUGCGGGCGAGGAUAUGCCUGAGGCCCUCGGUGGGGGCCUGCUGGCCGCCCGCUGCCCACCAGCUGUGCCCGGCGUGGACAGUGCCGUGGAGUCCUGGGGCAGCUCGGCCAUGGAGAGGGGCUUCAGGGGUUCAGCGCGCGCCCCGCAGGCAGCAGGCCGGGCUGCGAUCCAUCAGGAGUGGCAGCCUGGCAGGCUGAGGAGCCCCGCACCCGUCGAGCCCCGCAGGGCCAGCUACCCCCGGGCAUCCCGUGAGUUCCCCGGAGAGGAGGAGGAGGAGGAGGAGGACGGGGCCUGGAAUCCUCCAGCGAGCCCAGGCCCCGGCCCUGCCCGAGACGAGGGGCUCUGGAGAGUGCUGGGGGAGGCAUUGGAAGACCUCGAGUCCUGCGGCCAGUCAGAGCUGCUCAGGGGACUAGAGAACUCCAUCAUGAUGGGCACUGUGCCCAGCGCGGCCCUGGAGGGCAGACCUGGUCCCCGGCCCUGGCGGAGGGCCCGGGACAUCCAAGAGUCCCACGAAGACCUGCAGGAGCUGCUGCUACCAACACCCUUGGAGAUGCACAAGGUGACGCUGCACAAGGACCCAUUGCGGAAUGACUUUGGCUUCAGCGUCUCGGACGGUCUCUUGGAGAAGGGUGUCUAUGUGCACACGGUACGCGCUGACGGGCCGGCCCAGCGUGGGGGCCUGCGGCCCUUCGACAGGCUCCUGCAGGUCAACCAUGUCCGCACGCGGGACUUCGACUGCUGCCUGGCAGUGCCACUCCUGGCAGAGGCAGGCGACAUCUUGGAGCUGGUCAUCAGCCGCAACCCCCUGGCCCAGAGCCGCCGGAUGCCCCGCACGCCAGCCCCCAGCAGCGCCCAGAUGCUCUGA